ACUUGCACAGCACGGCCAGCGCUGCAACUCCCUGGUUGCAGCACUGGCUGUACACCCGGUCGAGCCUCGGGUGUAGAGGAUCCAGCACUGGUCAGCAAGUGUAGACACCCACCAGCGUUUUUAUUGACCUCCGUGGCAUAAGCAGGUAUCCCAGCAUACCUUAGAAGCCUCUCUGGUAAUCAUGCAAACUCCACUGCCCUGGGCUCACCUGACCCCUCCUUUAAAUGCCCCGGGAAUUUUAAAAAUCCCCUUUCUGUUUGCUCAGCCAGGUGUGGAGUGCAAUUAAUCAAUCAAUCACUCAGCGACCAUGCCUCCACGCACCAAACCAACCCCAACAUGGACCAAUGCAGAGCUGCAGGACCUCAUAAGUGUUUGGGGAGAGGAGGCUGUGCAAGCACAGCUGCGCUCCAGAAGGAGAAAUUAUGAUACCUAUGGGCAGAUAUCACAGUCCUUGAUGAGAAGGGGCCAUGAACGGGACGCGUUGCAGUGCAGGGUCAAAAUUAAAGAGCUGAGGAGUGCUUACUGCAAAGCUCAUGAGGGAAAUCGCCGCUCAGGAGCUGCCCCCACGACCUGCCAUUUUUACCAGGAGCUGGAUGCCAUACUUGGGUGUGAACCCACUGCCAAUCCUAGGAGCACGAUGGAGAGUUCAGAGCAGGGAGAAGUGGGGGAGGUUGUAGAGGACGGUGACAGUGAGGCUACUAGCGUGGAGGGAGACACCCCGGAGUCCCAGUACACAUGCAGCCAGGAGCUCUUCUCAAGCCAGGAGGAGGCUAGCCAGUCGCAGCAGCUGGAAGUUGAUGGUGAGGAAGAAACUGAGGAUCGUGCUCGGGUGACCUUGACUACUGCAGCCGGAUCACCGGCCUCACGUAGGUUGCAGAACUUGAGACGGAAUCCUAGAAAAUCAAGAGGAAUUGAUCAAAUCUGUUAUGAGCCACUACAACAGAGAAAGUAGGAAGACACAGGAAUGGAGAGAGAAGAUGUAUGAAUGGAGACAGAGUGUACAUGAAUGGAGGCAAACAGAAAGCAGGAGAAAGGAAUUGUCUGCCAAAAAAACCACAAAGCAGAUUAUAAGCCUCCUGGCUCGCCAAACUGAGUCUUUAGAGUCUCUUGUAGCCAUGCAGACAAAUAUGUACUGUUGUAACCCACAGCCCUCCCAAAGCCCUCUUCCUUGUUCCCCAGUAUUUCCACAAAACAACUUUCUCCAGCAGCCAGUUCCUUAUUAUCCCCAGCUGCCCCCAACACCUGUACGAUCACCUACCAGCCCUGAUAACUAUAAUUCUUACCCUGUUCACUCCACCCCCAUUAUUCUGCAGCAUAGUAAUCCUGAAGUGCAGCACACAUUGAACAGUGAUCAAAAUAGGACAUAUUCAAACCUGUGAAUGUACAGUCCACCACCCCAACCCCCUUGCCUGUUAUGUACUGUAUGUUGA